AUGCCUUCUAUUUUUUCUGGAGCCCGAUGCAGUACUGAACCACCAACAAAUUGCGAUCAGAGCCUUUCCUGGUGCAGUCAAUGCGAGUCCGUGUUAUGUGGAGUCUGUUGGAAAAUACAGGUUGCCCACCGACCAGCGACAGCUUCCGGAGCAAGAGCAAAGAAGAAGCUGCAUGAAAAAACCAAUCUUGAGAUUGCCGAGUAUAUUCUUGCCAUUCUUGAGCCCAACCUGACCGAUGAUGAAAUCAGGGAUGCUCAUAUUUCAAACGUUAGGAGCAGAUGGUUCGGGAUGGAAAUUGAUAACAGACAUUCAGUGCAGGCCCUUCUGAAGAGCAAACGGUUUCUGGAACUGACCUCUGGAUCUGAGAUUGAUCCUGCUUUACAAUAUCCAUGUCUGGUGUCUUUUGUGGGGGAAACUGGAGGGGGUAAAAGCACCGUAAUUAAUGCGAUGAUGAAGGUAUUCUAUAAGCACAUUGCUAGAAGAUUCCGCAUAUGGUUGCUGACCAGAAAUAAAGUCUAUAGGAGCAACAGAGAUUGAGGGAGUUACACCGGUUAUUGGAAACCAACCUGAUAGUCCAACCAGCGCUGAUGUUCACCUUUUUCUGGAUCCAAAAACCAUCAACACCACUCGGCCUAUUUGCUUUGCAGAUUGUGAAGGCUUUGGUGGUGGAAAUCGGGCUCCACUUUGUACUAGAGCGAAGGAGAGUUACAAAAAGUUCAAAUUCGCCCACUACCCACAUCGUACAAAGACACGCAAGAGGAAAAUCGAAAUUGCCGAAAAGUACACCCGACAAUGGGCAGUAGAGAAGCUGUAUCCAAGGAUUCUAUUUACAUUUUCAGAUGUUGUUUGCCUUGUGAGCAGGAACUUCCGGCAAGUGUGACUUUCUGAAGGACAAGGAGUAACUUACUACUAUGCUAACAAUUGUUGAGUCUGGUUGAUACCACUGAGUACUAUAGGAAGCUUGAAACCCAUAUUGUUGAUCUUUUAACUUGGGCAGACAAUGCUUUCGAGAAAUCACUAAAUCAACCAAUGCUACCUAAUGCAAUCAUUAUUGUCAAUGGAUUAGAGAGCAAUGUAUGUUCAGAGUCUCUUAUACUGUAGAUACUACUACAUAUCGGAUUUAUUACUGUUUCAAUUCUAACUUUCAUAUACUCUAGGACAAUACAGGAAGUAAUUGGUGGGAUGUGGAUUGGGUGACACAGGACCAACUCAAAAAGCUUAAGGACCGUAUCAGCAUUCCUUCAAGUUGCGAACCAUUAACUCCCCGUUUGACUGGAUCUGCCCAAAUUCAUUCGGAGGGAAUCAUUUCACGUGCUGCUAUAAUCCCUGAUUUUGUAGGAAAGUUAGCAAAUCACUGGCGCACAGAGCAGAAGAAAUCAAUAAUGUCGCUGCAGGAUCUAAUUUUAUGUUACUACAGCGAUUUCAAGAUUAUCUGCAUACCUUCUGCAAAUGAUCCACCCCAUAUCAUCAAUCAGCAGUACAGUAAGCUACGUGAGCUUAUUGUCCAGGGAGCACGAUGCUCCGAGAAUGCUAGGAAACUGGCAGGACUUCUAAUGACGGGUGAAGAUCUAGAUUACUAUCUGGAACGAGGCUUUGACCACUUCUGUUCCUCAAAAUUACCCUUCAACUUCUUGCAGGCUGCAGUGCGGGCCAAGCCUGUUCCUAUAACAUUCUCUGAUCAUCUCCUCCGAACAUCUAUUACACUAUUGAAACAACAACCAGAUGAUAACGGAAAAUGUCUUCUCGGAAAACUUGCCCCCAUUUUUGCAUCUAGUAUAUUAUUAGAUGUAAUCAGAAAGAAGAUUCCCUAUAAGGGUAAGCUAUUUGAUUCAAUUAUUCCAAAUCUAUUUCAGAAAAUAAUGUCUAAUAGCUAUUGAGAUAGGAAAUACAACUCGCAUAUUUGAAACAUAUCGUGAGCAGUGUGAAACCGCGCAGAAGGAAUUGUACCAAAAGUAUUGGUGCUGUGAAAAGAGAGAUCAUAAGGGUAGAAGGUGCGCCAACAGACAAAAUGGACACCAGAAAGGGCAUCAGAACUACAAGGGAAGAGUUUUUGGAGCCGGAGCAUUCUGGGCAGAAUCUGUGUUAGACAGUCCGGAUCUGAUUGAAUUUUUCAACCAAGAAAUUACGACUGAUUUGGAAAAGAGAUGCAACUAUUGGGAAGCCAAGCUACCUGAAAUACAGAAGGAGGGAUUUGAAGAGGAAAAGAAGGUUGCACUCGAGACUCAUAUAGCACUAUGCUGUGCAACUCUUUAUAGGCACCGUGGACCCUACAUUUCAAAGCUGACCAGCCACACUACUUGCUCUUUCUGCCUGAUAUCGACACCAUUGUAUCCACUCUUCUGUGGACAUGUGAUUUGUCAAGAAUGCCUUGAAUGCUUUGGGAAAAGGGAAGGGAAUAAUUUUGAGUUGAUUCAGUGUCCUCUCCAUACCCGCAGGCAAUGGGUACCUCCCUGGAGAGUGACUCUCAAUCCUCCAACUUCUGGGCUUCGGAUACUCUCCUUAGAUGGGUAUGUUUUAUAACAUUUUAUCUUCCGUACUAUACUGUUUACUUACAUUGUCACUAUCUACUACUAGCGGGGGUGUACGGUCAAUAGUUCAACUUACUAUUCUCCAAGAGUUGGAGAAAUUGAUUGGUCUAGGUAUCAAUAUCGUAGACUUCUUUGAUUUAGUUAUAGGAACCAGGUAUGCUAUUCACUCUCCAAUGUAGUUGUAGUAUAAGUUAUUAGCUAAUAUUUUCAGUGGUGGUGGAAUUGUUGCAGCUGGGCUAGGAAUAGGGAAAUUUUCCAUUGCGGAGUGCAUCCAGAAAUUCCGACAAGUUUCCAAGCAAGCAUUCGUCAAGCGGCCUGGCAUUGGGAGUAUAAUUGGGCCGGUUAUUGAAGCACAGCAUCACAGCAGAUACAGAUCUGUAAAUCUAGACCGAGCACUCCAAAAUGCCUUUGGGGAAAAGAGUCUACUCUUUGGAGGCCAACGGGAUCCAACGGGAGAGCCAACUACACGAGUUGGUGUCUCCACAACUACAUCUACUGGCAGGGCAUUCCUUUUAGCAAACUAUCAGCGAUCACCACUUACCCAUUGUAUGCUUAUUAGAUUUUCUAUUUAUAAUACAUGGAAGUGCUGACUGUCUGCAGCAAUUGUUGGCCGUUUUUCAUAUGAGUUUUAUAGAGGGGAAACAGCAGAGGAAGAAUUGAAAAUUUGGGAAGCGUAAGUGACUAAUAUAAUUCCAAUUUACACCUACUGAAAAGUUAACUUUGUGCAGUCUUCGUGCAACUGCAGCCGCUCCAAGAUAUUUCAAAUCAUUUUAUCAUAAGCCUUCCGGGCAUACAUUCGACGACGGUGGUAUCAGAUACAACAAUCCCGUUCUCCUUGCAAAUACCGAGCGCAAAGUAAUUUGGCCCGAGAAAAGGGACAGAGAUCCGGAUAUCCUACUCUCAAUUGGUACUCUUAAGAGCACCCAAUUUAGGUCCAACUCAAAAGUGGCUGAUAAGCAGAAUUCGAAACCAAGGCUCGGUCUGCGUCAAUAUAUACGAAAAGUAUGGAAAAUUGCUGCAAAUGCUAUUGAAGAUGAUUUAGACUGUGAGAACACAUGGCACAAUUUUUUUGACAGUCUAAACAUACCAGAAACAGGUGAAUAUCGGAAGAGAAAAUACUGUCGACUUAAUCCUAAAAUUCCUGAGCCACUGCCUGCCCUAGAUUCGGUGGCAAGGAUGGAUGAGUUAGAAAAUAGAACCCGACAGUAUUGCAAAGAAUCACCUGAGGUUAGGAAUGUGGCUUUGACACUAACAGCCUCCCUCUUUUACUUUGAGCUGAAAGGUGCCAAAGAAAGUCCUCAACAGGUCGGGACUCGGAUGUGGUCAUGCAAUGGUAAGACAUAGUUCCUAUUUAUUAAAUAUAAGAUUUACUAAAGGUCAUAACAGGGGAGAUUCUGUGUAGGCUUCCUGCGAAUAGUGAUUCUCUCAUGUUGUUAUGCGAUCGACUCAAAAAGCACAAUACCGGUAACAACAGCCAACCUUGGUUCUAUAUUGGCAGCGAGAACUACGACUACGAACCAUUAUACGAAACUCCAGAUUCUAUCACGAAGACAAUCCAGGAGGUGUCAGUGGGUGCAAACUUCUGUUUACCUGUAACUUUCGAGAAAUGGGGAUCAGACUCAUCAUGCGGGAUAUAUGUCUCCCUUGGUGGGAGUAAGGGUGAGGGGAACCUCAUUAGCGGUUUCCCAAGAAAUCCACUUCAAGACAAAACUUGGCGUAUGAAAAUCCCACCAUUAAAUAUUACUGGAUCUAUCAGCUGACCCUAGUCAAAGCUCGCCAUAAAACAUUUCAAGAGAAUGAGGGGAGAAAGACACCAUUGGCAAACAGGGGGAGGAGGAUGGGGAGGAGGACAAGGAGGUGGAGGACGGACAGGAGGAGGGAAUGGAGGAGGAAGAGAAAGGGACCUUUCCUCUGGGGAUACGCCCGAAUUCGGCUCAGAGUGAUGGCUAUACCACUGAACUCAUGAGAAGGUGGUCUAGACCCUUGCUAAAAAAGUCCCAAUCCCUAUCCAGAAUGCCCGACUUGAAAGCGGAAUAA